AUGGCUACGAUCAACGUGUGGGAACCGGUCGUUGGAAACAGUGGCGAGUUGAGUCUUGCCCAAGUGUGGAUAACUUCGGGAGACUAUGAGACAAAAGAUCUCAACACGAUUGAAGUCGGCUGGCAGGUGUGCGAGGUGUUUUACAAGGACAACAAGCCAAGAUUGUUCAUUUAUUGGACGAACCAACUAUAUCCCCGAAGUGGAAACUGGUGGCUGCGUGUAGGCACCGACUUGGUAGGAUACUGGCCUAGGGAACUUUUCACCACUUUAGGCGAUCAUGCAAGGAAAAUCGAUUGGGGUGGAGAAAUCAUUGACUCAGAGAGCUUCGGACGACACACGAAGACGCAGAUGGGCUCAGGGCGUUUCCCCCAAGAAGGGUUUGGAAACGCGAGCUAUUUCAGGAACAUACAAGUGGUUGAUUACACUUGCAGCUUCCAGCCGACCCCUGAGUUGUUUACACAUGCAACAAGUACUGCUUAUUAUGACGUCAAGAACUUGCAUAGAGAUGAGUUGGGAACUCAUUUCUUUUAUGGAGGACCAGGAUUUGGCCAUACGCAUUCAGGGGUCGCUUUUGUGUAA